AUGGGCAUAAAAAAGAAAUAUCAAUCUGAUUCUGAAGACAGCGGCAGUGAUUCUGAUCCUAUUGCUGAUGAAAUUGCCCCCAAAAUUAAAAAAUCUCACAAAAGUAAAAAGAAACACAAGAAGCACCAUAAGAAGAAAUCCAAAUCAAAUGAAAAUGAUGCCGAUGUUUCGCGGACAAAACAUAAGCGAAAGAAACAUAAAAAACAUGACAGCAUCAGCACAGUGGAAGAGGAUGAAGAAUUACCUUCCAAGCGUUGUAAAACAUCUGCCAUUAAUCUUGUAGGAUAUGAUUCUGAUGAAGAAGUUGAACAAUCAAAACCUCAAUUUGACGAAACCACGAUUAACCUUGAUAAAAAUGGUUUAACAGAGUCGCCUCAUGGGGAUAAAAAUCUAAAAGAAGAAGAAAAUAUGGAUGACGUUUUAAAAGAACUAGAAAGACAAAAGGCUUUGUUACAAGCGCAACUGAUGGAUAGUGAAGUUGGAUUGGAAGAAGGAGAACUGAGUUUAACAGAGCAACAGAGUGAAAACAAAAUGCAGGACGUGGAAUAUUUAAGUGAUGAAAAUGUACAAAACUUGGAGGAUACAGAAAGAAGUGAUGUGCAAAAGUUAAAGAAAGAAAACAAAGAAGAGAAAAAUGGCGAUCGAGAUUAUUAUUCCAAAGCUAAAAAGGCAUCAGAAAAGAGCUAUGCUGAUAAAGAAGAACCAAGUCAUCGUUCAAGUCAUGGGAGAUCAACAAGUAGGAAUAGAAGUGACAGGAGAUCUAAGGAUCGAAGGAUAACGAAAGAAGAUACAGAGAUGGAAGUCGACAAGGAAAACUUCAGAUAA